AAAAAAAAAGAAAAGUCAAAGAGGAAAAGUCUAUCAUCCAUGAAUAAAAAUAAAACAAAAAAUAAAAAUAAAACUAAUAAAAAUAAAAAUAAAAAUAAAAAUGAUAAUAAUGUAAACAGUGACAAUAUUGACCAUAUGGACAAUAUGGACAGUAUAGACAAUAUAGACAAUAUUGAUUAUAAUAAGAAUAAAUAUAAUUCCAAGAAUAAUAAAAAAAAUUAUGACCUUGAUUUUCAUAACCAACCAUUUGAUGAUAAUCUUAAUUUUAAUUAUUCACAAUUGAACACUAGUUUUAUUAAUAAUAAUAGUUUAAAAAAAAAUAGUCAUAAUAUCCCCAUCUUUCCAGACGAUCUAGAUCAAACGUCAGAAGAUAACACAAUAACUAAAAUGUUAGUAGAAGAUAUAAAUAUAACUGAUAAUAACUUCAAUUUUGAUAAUAUCAAAUUAUCAAAAAAGGUAAAUCUUCAAUAUGACACCCAAAUGUGUAAUAACGAUUUUGAUACCAACAAUAGUAGUAACAACAACAAUAAUAAUAAUAAUA